AUGAAUCGAAAAAUGAGUAAGUUUAUUUCUCUGAAAAAAUAGAAGAAAAUGUAUUGGAUUUGAGAAAUUUCAGGAAUCUGUCAAAUAGCAAUUGUAAUUAUCAUAAUUAUUCAAUUUUCACAAGGCGAUGCUUCAAGUUCAGGAGGUAGUGCAGGAGGUCCACCAAAAGCUAAACCUAAAACUGUACCGCCCAUGUCAACCUCCACCCCCACCAUCCCACCUUCAACAGCUCAACCAGCCACUGUGAAAUCAACAAUCCCCACAUCUUCUGCACCGCGAAAAACCCCCAAAACUUCUGAGAAACCCAAAAAACCAGAAGCUGAUUGCCCGAAAAACUGCAGUGGUCAUGGAAUUUGUCAAUUCAACCAGCGAGCUCAAAUGUUUGAAUGUAUUUGUGAUUUAUGGACUACUGGGCAGAAUUGUCAAAUUGGUGAGUUCUAGAAUGAAAAAAUAAAAAAAAAUGCAGCGAGGCGGCAUCGAACUCUUGACCCUCUGAUUAAAAAAUUACGCGCUAACCGCCUGCGCUAUGCGGCACAUUUUUAAACCAAUCCAAAUUUAUCAAGAUAAGAAGCGUGCAAAAAUAACAUAAUUUAAUUUCAGCAAUUCCACUAACUCCCAUUUUCAUUCAUCUAUUUUUGGGUUUGGCUACUUUUGUGGGAGUUAUAUUUGUGUUUUGUUGGAUGGAAAAAAAGAAGACAAAGAAAUUGGUGAUUUAUAAUGAAAACGUGGCAUUUUCGCAAUUUUUGUUUGAAAAUAAGCGAGUUGGAAAAGUGGAUCAUGAAGAAUUCAAGAAUCAAACAAUUGCGAUUGAAAAGGAAAAAGAAAAUGCGAAAAAUCAGGAGAAUCAAGAAAAUGAGGAAAAAUAUGUGCAUGAUGAUGAUUUGGGAUCAACUAUUAAUACAGUUAACACAACUCGACAGGAUUCGACUAAGUUUUAA